CCACCUCCCCCUCGGGCAGCGACAACCCCAUCCUUUUCCUCUGCGACUCCCGGCCAUGGAGACCUGAGGUGACCGAUACCUUCCAAGAUCGUCCCAGGUGGUUUGUCGCAAUUCCGACAUGGCUAGAAUUUACAAAGACACCCGAGUCGACCUCCGGCCGUACUCGCGGAACUCGGUCUUGACCAUCCGCAUCCCAACAGAAGCGAACACGCCAGGCCGCGCCAGAUUCGCAACAUCCCCCUUCACGAGACACGAAGAACCGAUCGCGAAGGACGAAGACGAGUUUUCUAAGCGCUUCCUGACCACCCAGGGGUCUGUUUAUUUCCGCAAGCGCAGCGUUUAUCCUCGCACGUUCCUAUGGAGAGUCAUCGACGAUGGCAAAGUCUUGGAGAUUCAGUGUGUGGAUUUGACAAAGGGCGGAAUUGAUAACCACGAAUACAACGUGACUUUACGAUUGGAUUUCAAAGAAGAGAUCAUCCCGUCGGGGGUUGAUUUCGCGGAUUUGGAGGACCACGAAGUGCUCAGCGUGUUUGUUAUUACAGCCUCCAACCAGCUACACACUUUGACUCUGCGCCCGGAGUUCUUUCGACGGACGGAAGCAAUCGAUGAAAACGUUUCGGACUGGUGCAAGUCCUGUGUCCCGGCACCCCUCACAUUCUCUCACCCUCACCGACUACACGCUAGCAGCCCGCUGGAGCUGUUCAUUUCCCUCGACAACGGUUCCCUUUUGCGCCUGACCAGGAAAUCUAGCGAUGAUGGCUCGCACUGGACCCCAUUGACGUUUGACGAAAGAACCUGGGGAUCGUCAAUUCGAGGCUUGGUCAGAUGGCAUGCGCAACCCUCGAUAAAAUACAACGGACGUAAUCUCGACCCAAAUCUCGCCAACGCGAUUGCUACGACUUCCGAUCAGACCUACGUUUUUGCGAUCUGUUUAAACCACACCUUGAAGAUAUGGAACCUCGCCACGAACAAACUGGUCGCGACAAAGGAUCUGCUUGGUCGCGAACUACCACAGUCUGAUGCGACAACGUACUCGCUCAAUCCGUCCGAAUCAUCUUUCAUUCGAGUUUUCAACGUCGAGAGGGCAUUGGAUGGAGGCUACCGGUAUUACCUCAUCACAUACUCGCCUUUCGAGGAUGGCCGCUUCAAAUUUUGGGCCAUCAAAGGGGGGCUGACGACAGCCCUUGAAAUUGAAGAUCUCUUCCCCGAUGCUUCGCUCAGGCCUCUGGACCCGGAUACGUCAGGCAAUAUGUUCUGGACGAUUGCGGAUUUCCAGGUCAAGCCGGCGGAAGAAGGAAGGGGAAUGGAGCUAUGGGUCCUUUGGAGAAAUAGCAGCCUCUACCAGCUCUACACACUGCACUUCAAUUUUGAGAGCUUGACUACGGAUUGGGAUAACAACUGGGUAUCGACAGUUAUGGACACUCGCGGAGAAGAGCACCCGCCGCUACCGCCAGUGCCCUCCGAUGUUGAGGACCCGACUGAAAAGUGGUUGAAGUUCCUUUUACACCCCAACAGGCUUUCACCUGAGGUGCUUGAAACCGCUUUGGCCAUUUACCAGGAAGCUCUAAAGCCAUUGUCUUCGCCUAGUGUGUUGAAGAAGGACACUCCUCUUUCUGAACGUCUCUGCUCCACAAUCGCCGCCACCGUCUCUCUCCGCAAGUACGCCGACGACGAAAUGGAUUUCACGCGAUACCGAAGUGAUACAGACUCCAAGUGGCGUCAAUUCUGGCAAAUCGCGGACGAUAUCAAUAGAAGAAGAUUUGAACCGGUCACGCUUGCGUACGAUUCCUAUUAUGAGAUCCCGUGGCUGCUACUCUCAGGCGGUUGUGCGGUGAUUAGAGAAUGCAGCUCUACAGAACUACUUUUGCACAAUUCAGGCCAGGAGCUACGCUCAGAAGGGCCCAAGAUUGUGGACCGCUGGAGACACAGGAACCUGGGCACGGAAAUCGGUGAUUCGUUCGAGGAGGCAUCUCAUUUGAUCCAAGUUGCUGCGGGAUUCCGACGGAGGUUUCCCCCGGACCUUGAGGUGGCAUGCUUAGGAGCUUUGGAAGCGGAGCUGUUUACGGAGCCCUCGUCAUCCAUACCCGAUAGGAUGGACGCCUUCCGCGAUCGAUGCGAAUUCGGGGAACAGGUCUCUAACAAGAUCUAUGAUGGCCUGGUUGGUGCUAUGAACAAACGCCUAAACAUCUUCAACCUAAGGAAUGAUGUGUUUUACACUAUUAUUGACACAAUUCCGCUGGGCUUCCCCGGCAAGGAUUCAGACCUUUUGGCUACACAUUUCGGAGUCAAGGUCACCGUAAACGGUGUCCAGGAGGCUAUCUUCUUCACGCGUCAAAUACUCAUUGAUCUACUUGCCCUGGUUCUCUUCGUGGAUGGCGAAGUAGAGCAGGAGGAAGGCUCAGAUUUUGAUGCCGUUGAACUGUUCGCCUCAUUGAUUACGUUACUGCGUGAAUAUGAGAUGAUGCUGUGGCUCAGCUCAAACUCCCGGAAGUGUGUUGACAGACCUGCUGGCAGCUCCGAAGACUUGACGCCAUCGGCAUAUUCGUCGAAGGAAUCACCAUCAAAGGGAAGCAGCACAAGGGUGGCUACCAUAUUGGAGGACUUGUUUGCUGCCGAUAUCAAACCCCGCCAGACCAUCGGCUUACCCCAGAGUUAUACUUUGAGUCUCGGUAUACGAGAUGUUCUGUCGUGGGUCACGCGCCAGGGAGAGGUGGCCUAUCCGAACGCACUGGUCUACAUUCAGUGUGAUCUCAUUGCGAAGAACAACAUUGAACUUGCUUGGGAUUUCCUCCGCUUCCAAGCAAGUACAUCUUGGGCGACCUACGUUAAAGGCCGCCUGUACGUGGCUAUGUCUGAAUUCGACAUUGCAGCUUUGUAUUUCCGGAAAUCUGCAUACCUGCUCUGUAAGUCUGGUCUGCUUUCUAGGUCUGGUACGGUCCUUGCGUUCUAACUUGUUGUGUAGCGUGCGGCAAACCACUGGGCAAUUUGCACGAGAUGUCGUCGACUCUUUUAGACAUCGUCUCGGUAGACUGCUUUCACAACGGUCUACCGAAGUAUUUCCAACACAUCUUAUCCAUCUUUGAACAGGCUCGUUCGUUCUCCCAUGUUGCGGACUUUGCCAGUCUUGCACUGCAGGCGUUGGCGAGCGAAGGAUACUCGGAGCAGGAUCCAGAAUACAUCAGCCUGCGAACGGAUCUUCUUUCGCGCCUCUUCUAUGCCUCUCUUCACAACUGUCAAUUCGAUCAGGCGUACUCCGCACUUGCCCGCUACAAGGACCUCACACUUCAAAAGUCUGCACUCAGCUCUUUAAUCACGGGCAUCUUGGCCGCCUCGGGAUCUGGCACUGCCGGCCUUGACCAAAUUCUUCACUUCCCCACUGCUCUUGUCCCCAAUAUCGCAUCCUACGUGGACGAGGCCUUGGUCUCCCUUGCCCGGAAGCAGACGUCGUUUACCUCCUAUCUGGAUAGCGGGAACCAAUGGGCCGACGGCACCCCUGACUACCAACGAAUCCUACAGGCGUAUCGUAUUGCACGGGGUGACCAUCGCGGCGCCGCCGAGAUUGCCUACCGCAAUGUUCAACGACUCCGGAACUCUCGAGAUAGUUCGUCGGCUUUAGUUUUGGCUAAAGGCCGCACGGAGGAUCUAGCAGCCGCAGCUGGAGAAGAUGACCCCGAAAGUCAGGAGAUAAGACACGAGCUUUUGUCGCUCAUUAACCUGCUUGGCUGCGUCGACAAGGGCGAAUCAUACAUCCUCAUUGAGAAGGACGACCCCUCCCUAUCUGCUGCCCCGUCGUAUAGACGCCGGAGCCUACAGGCGGACGAUGACGGAAACGUAUUCAUGGACGAUGCCGAGGCUGGCUCGCCCACCCCUUACGGAUCCAAGCGCAGGCUCAGCUCUAGUACCACGGCUAUCAGACCUGCCAGUCGAAGAGGAAGCAAAUCCUCCACCGCCGAGACCUCCGGCCCCCGACGUCGCGUCAUAGUCACACUCGAGCACCUACGUCGCGAGUACCAAGGCGAGCUAGACCGAGUCAGUAGGAUUGAACGAGGCGACUGGGAGUUUGGGGCUCUUGAUUCCGAUGAGGCUGAUAAUGAUGAUACGAUGCUACUCUAGAUAUCUAUCACAAGAGUUUGCCAUAUGAAUGUGCUGUUUUCCCCUGUCGAUUUGGUCUUUGAUUAGAGUUCUUGGACUGCAACUGUAUUCUAGGCUAGAAGUUUGCUUGACAUUCUAUUUUCACUGGCGGUGAAAAGAAUCAAAAAUUUGUGGGGGCUUUCUUUGUUUCGUCGUACGGUGCACACUAGGAGGAUGGAUGUGUUAUUUCUUUUGUCUUGUUCUAUUUCCUGCAUGAUCCGUUGGGGCGUAAUAAUCUGCAUUCAAUUCCGGAAUACAUACAACUUUUCAA